AUGUCAAGCCUGGAAAGGGCCGCCGGGCCGACCUCAUCCGGCCUCAACGGCUUCGCCUCCACCCCCCUCGAGGAGUUCUUCCUAAUGUCGAUCGGGGCCCGGGACGAGCCGGAGACCCGCCGGAUGUUCACGGGGUGGAAGGCAAGGCACGGCAGGGCCUACAGGGACGCCGGCGAGGAGGAGUGCCGGUACUGGCUGUUUCAGGGCAACCGCCGCGUCGUCGACCGGAUCAACGCCGCCGCCGGGCGGAACGCGUACGGCCUCAACCGGUUCGGCGACCUCACCAACGAGGAGAUCCUCGAACGCUGCUACUACCGCCCAGAGGCGGAGGACCGAGAGCUGAGCGCCAGGUGCCAGGCCGACCCGGACCACGGCCUUGGGAGGCUGAUUCGGUACCAGGUCUGCCGGUGCAUUGCUACGGAACUUAAACAAAAAGAGUCAGGAGGUAGCGCCAUUCAUGGAGAUGAAGCACACAUGUGGAUCGUCUGAAGGUCACUUGUGUUUGUUGCCGGAGAAUUUUAGAAUAAAAAUGUUGCUAAUGUGAUAUGAUGAAAAUGUAUGCGGGCAUUUCCAACCUAUGAUAAAGAUUGUUAUGGGUGCGUGUGUUCGGCUAUUUGCAUUUGUAAAAAAAAAUUAUGCGGGCCUCCUAGGAUAGCUGUUCCAUCGUGAUGACUCUUGAAAAGGCAUCUCCUGCAUUUGUAAAAAUUUCAUGGACAUAUUUGAAAGAAUUGCUACCUGAUUUAAUUUGCGGACU